GGCAUUCCAGGUAUUUUGGUAAAGUUGACUGGGGGUUUGUCGAGUAUAAAAUGUCGUUAAUGUCCAGCAAGUAUCAGUAACUUUCACUCAUCCUCAUCCAGCACACAGUCUACUCCUCAAAGCCUCAAAGAUCCUCAAGCAAAAAAAAAAAAAAAAAAAAAAAAAAACAAUUCUCGGAGAACAACCUCCUGAACACAAAACAACUCGCCAAGAUGCAGUUCUCAACCACCACCCUCAUCACCCUCCUGGCCUCCGUCGCCGCCGCCGCCCCCGUCUCCACCAUCGCGGCCACCUGGACCGUCACCGGCUUCAAGCGCACCUGCAACGCCGCCGACACGGUUUGCAAGGUCGAGUUCGGCCUCAACGGCACCGGCUGCAGCUACGAGGUCAAGGCGGCGUCCUUGGCCUCGCAGGCCAGCGUCAACGGCGUCACCUGCGGCCCCUACCAGGUCACGAGCGGCUGGAGCGGCCAGUUCGGCCCCGGCAACGGCUUCACCACCUGGAGCGUCGCCGACUGGAGCAAGAGGCUCAUCGCCUUCCCCAGCUACGCCGACCGCGACAUCCCCAACGGAAAGGUCGUCAGCCCCGACAGGAGCUUUGCCGUGCAGGCUCUGUGAGGGGGUUAUUUCAUGAUGUUAUGAGGGAUCUGACGCUGGAAUGAUAUGA